AUGUCGUCCAAAAAUCUGUCGCCUCAACAAAUCGCCGAAAAAUUCCUGAACACCACCAAAACACUGUGUCCGGAUGGAGCCGGUGUGGAUUGUGUUCAUCCACUUUUACCCGCAAAUUUUGUGUGUAUCGAUCCGGCUGGUGAUAUGGAUAAAAGUGAGUUUUUUGGUGCAAAAUUGAUGAAAAACGCUAUUUUUGACCUAAAAUUAGUGGAUUUUGAUGAAAAUUUAUGAAAUUUCACCUCAAAAAUUCUAAAAAUCUCAUUUUUUCGAUCCAAAGUUGGCAGAUUUCUAAGAAUUUCAGAUUUUUAGAGCCAAAAUUCUCAUAGAAAAUAGUGUUUUUGAUGGAAAAUCCAUAAAUUUCUGAAAUUUCCUUUCAAAAAUUCUACAAAUCUCAGAAAAUCCCUAUUUUUCGACCCAAAAUUGGCCGAUUUUCAAGAAAAUUUGAAUUUCAGGAGCCAAAAUUCUAGACUAAAAUUUGCUCGAAUUCUGGAAUUUCAGAUUCACAUAUGUUUUUCUAGUCAAAAAAUAUCCAGAAAAUGGAAAUCUGAAAUUUCAGUUCAAAAUUUCAAAAUUUCAAACUUUUCGGAUAAUUUUUGAUAGAAAACAUUGAAAUUCGAAAAUUUUCAGGUAAAUUUUGAAGAUCUCAAAUCCUCCUAUCUGAAAAUCUAUGAAAAAAAUCUCAUUUUUCCAAACAAAAUCCACCAAUUUUCCUACAAAAAUAUCCAGAAAAUCUGAUAUUUCAGCCUAAAAUCCAGGCAAAACCCAAAAUUUUUCAAAAUUCCAGAAAAAUACGUGGAUUUCCUUGUGAGCCGAACCGAUCUCCAAUUCAAAAUGUUCGAUUUCGCGGCGAAAGAUGCGAUUUUGGUGGAUGGUUUGGUGAAGCUUCCAGUCGUUCUUAAUGGAACUCUCAAAUCGCACUUCUUUUUGAAACCCGACGCCAAUUUUCAGGGCGGAAUUUCGGUGGUGAAAAUCGAUAAGAAGAAUAAUGUGGAGAGAAAGUAUGAGGUGAAAAAGUGA